GGCCGGGGGGAGGAGACUCUUCCGCCGCGGCUGGUGGAUGUGUAGUUGAGCCUGGAUGCUGCAGAAGCUCCCAACGCCGCUUGGACAGAGAGAAAGAGGAGGAGGAGGAGGAGGAGGAGGAGGUGCAGCCCAGGCAUGGAUGCAUUGGAUGCCCGGAAGGGCUUGCUGCAGCUUAUUUUCUUCUGGAUCAACCUGGCUGCAGCUUCCAUUCAGGAUGAACGCUGUGAGAACCUGUCCUCUAUCACCAACAUCACUGGUCCCCAGUGCAAUGCCUUAGUGGACCUGAUUGGGACAUGUUGGCCUCGUAGCGUGGCAGGGCAGCUGGUGGCACGUCCUUGCCCUGAAUAUUUCUUUGGAGUACGAUACAACACCACAAACAACGUAUACAGAGAAUGCUUUGCAAAUGGCAGCUGGGCAACCCGUGUGAACUACUCGUUGUGUCAGGAGAUCCUCAAUGAGGAGAAGAAGAGCAAGUUGCACUACCAAGUUGCUGUUGUCAUCAACUAUCUUGGACACUGUAUUUCCCUGGGGGCCUUGUUAGCUGCUUUCAUCCUCUUCAUGCGACUGAGGAGUAUUCGAUGUUUACGAAAUAUUAUCCAUUGGAAUUUGAUAACGGCCUUCAUUCUGAGAAAUGCCACGUGGUUCGUGGUUCAGCUCACCAUGAAUCCAGAAGUGCAUGAAAGCAAUGUGGCCUGGUGUCGCCUUGUCACAGCUGCCUACAACUAUUUCCAUGUCACCAAUUUCUUCUGGAUGUUUGGAGAGGGCUGUUACCUUCAUACAGCCAUUGUUCUCACCUAUUCUACUGACAAGCUGCGGAAAUGGAUGUUCAUCUGCAUUGGCUGGUGCAUCCCAUUCCCCAUCAUCAUUGCUUGGGCCGUGGGGAAACUCUACUAUGACAAUGAGAAGUGCUGGUUUGGAAAGCGUGCAGGAAUUUACACAGACUACAUCUACCAAGGUCCUAUGAUACUGGUGCUAUUGAUCAACUUUAUCUUUUUGUUCAAUAUUGUCAGAAUCCUGAUGACAAAGCUUCGGGCCUCCACCACUUCAGAAACCAUUCAGUACAGAAAAGCUGUGAAGGCCACCCUUGUUCUCCUGCCUUUACUGGGCAUUACCUACAUGCUUUUCUUCGUCAACCCGGGAGAAGAUGAAAUAUCCCGGAUCGUCUUCAUUUAUUUCAACUCUCUCUUGGAGUCCUUCCAGGGCUUUUUCGUCUCUGUCUUCUACUGCUUCCUGAACAGUGAGGUCCGCUCAGCGGUACGGAAGAGAUGGCACCGGUGGCAGGACAAACACUCCAUCCGUGCCAGAGUGGCAAGGGCCAUGUCCAUCCCCACAUCCCCAACACGCGUCAGUUUCCAUAGCAUCAAACAGUCCUCCGCUCUCUGAGGAUGCUCCAUACCAUGAAGCUGGUGUUUUGCUACACUUGGGAUGAAGAGGCUUCGCAGCCUCAAGGACAAGACUUGACCCUUCAGAGUUCCAGCUGAGAAAAGCCCUUGUUGCCCUCAGUUGGCUGGCCUCUUAUGAGACUGAUUAGACUGGAAGGAAGGCUUUGUGUGUAUCCAUGAUUGCAAAUCUUGGCAGGAUCCAGUGGUUCGGAAAUUCAAGAGUGAUGCCCACAAAGCCCAUUCUGAAAAAGUGUGGUUUAUUUAAUUUCCCCGUGCCAUCUAGAUCUCUUUUUGCUCUGAUUGCUUACAGACACCAGAGAGAAUUAUCAUCUCAUAAGUGUUAUAGAAAAAAAAAAAAAACAAAGGGACAGAGGAUUCACUGUCAAAUGUACAAAAUCCUGACAAUGUCAGCUCAUCAUCUCACAAAGCAUUGUUAAACAAUAACCACUGGAUGAAACAAAACCAAAGGAAGUGGUUUUUGUCUUACGGCAGCAAGAUUAACCCUGGGAACUUUCCCUCCUAAGAAACUGAAGUGGAUAUUACUUUUCAAAGGAUUUCAUGAAUUCAUGAGAUGGGUGUGACUGAUAUUUGACAAAAGCACAAACUCUUCCAUAUUCAGGACCACAAUAACUACCUAAUACAGGGGAUUCGAAUAAUUUAGUGCAUAUUGUUAUUGACUGCUGGUGAACUUCCAUACAUCUUUGGACUUUAUGUGAUUGGGAUGCCGAGAAGGAGCCAGCAAUGCUGUUCUAGUGUUCUUCCUUGUGCACUUCAACAGUAGAAGCUGCCAAGACAUUGACUGAAAGACCAGUGGACCCUGCUCCUGAAAGUCAGCCUACCAACUUGUUUCACAAAGUAUGCCACAGUUAUUUGGAUCUCACCAAAUUCCUUCCCCUGGAAAAUCACCUUGAAUUCGGAAGCGGAAUGGGGUGUACAUUAAGAUAUAAAUCUUUACUUUUUCCAUUUUUGCAAGUAAAAAUUAAAUAUGAAACAGCAUUACACAUUUUUGUGAAUUUUAGAUUAUUUUUUCACAUUUCAGGGCCUUUUUUUUGCAAAAAAAAAUCAUUUGUGUAAAAAGGUUUCUUGCAAAAAUGUUUGCAGCAGGGAACAAUGUAUUUUGCACCAAAAGUAUUGUUUUUCAUACAAAUGAUUUUUUCACAAAAUCCCAAAAUGCAUGUUGGGCCAUUUUGACAAGAUGUCUCAAUGUGCUGAGACAAUGAUGGGAAAAUCUGUGACUCUUCUUCACACCCCUACAAUGACUGCAUUUGUCUGGGUAUCUUUUAAUAAAGGUCAACACUACUCUCCA